CACCUCUUGUGAAACGCUUCUACUUUCGCGCUAGCAAGUGCUGCGGUGCCCUGCCCUGCCUCAAACUCUCCACACUAUCUACUGCUGUGUGUGUGUGAGAGAGAGAGAGUGUGUCGGGACUGAUCGUGUUCCUGAACGUUUUGAAACUCCUCGCCUCUGGGAAGGUCCAACCCUCCAGCAGCGGCCAACCCAGGGGUGGAACAGAUGCAGCGAAAUUUGCCCGAACGGGAGGAGUCAUUGCGAAGGAGUCCCGCUCUCGCUCCAGUCCGCCCGGCCGCUGCUCGUCCGCGGCAGGGGGACAGGCACAGAGGUAGGUCUGUCAGUGGAGUGUCUCGGGCCGUUCCAGGGAUCCCAGAGCCCGACCAGGGAAAACUGGGUCUCAACCCCAAACGUCGGCCACUCCCCCCCCCCCCCGCCCCACCACCCCCGCAGAUGCUGCUCGACCCGCUGAGUUCCUCCAGCACCUUAUCUGCUGUCCCCGUCGAGGCUGGCGAAGCUGGAUAAAAUAUCGAAAAAGGGAGGAAUUUCGGGGUUAUUAGCGGAGGACUGGUGCAUCAAUGGCACAGUGUGGGCUAUGGACGUGAUGAAAUAUAACAUGGGUCAAGAUGUCAACAUGACGACGCUCCAUCAAGGCCACGUGAAGGCCACCAUUGGUGGCCUGGACAACUCCAGCCUGCCACCAGUGAACAGUUCUCAACUGUACGCCGCCCAGCCGGUCAGGUCCAUGGCCAUCCCCAUCUUCUCAAUGACGCUGGGGGCCCUGUCCAACAUCAUUGCCCUCUUUAUUCUGGUCAAGAACUACACCAGGUUCCGCCGGAGAUCGAAGGCAACAUUCCUGCUCUUUGCCAGCAGUCUGGUACUGACUGACUUCGCCGGGCACGUCAUUCCCGGCGCUUUGGUCCUCCGAUUCUACUCUGGAGAGGUGGACAGUGACAGCCCCACGUGCCAACUGCUGGGGGGCAGCCUGGUCUUCUUUGGCCUUUGCCCGCUCUUCCUUGGUUGCAUCAUGGCUGUGGAGCGUUGCGUCGGCAUCACCAGGCCCCUCCUGCACUCGGCGCUGGUGACCUCCACCAGGACUAAGAUGGUCGUCGCCAGCCUGUGGGUACUGGCUGGCAUCGUGGCCACCCUGCCCUUCUUGGGUGUUGGCAGGUACAGCAUCCAGCACUCGAAAACCUGGUGUUUCAUCAACGCGGGCUCCCAGGGCAACUGGACGGACGACGGCUUCGCCAUGCUCUUCUCGUUCCUCGGAGUGAGCACGCUGGUUGUCUCCCUGAUCUGUAACACCAUCAGCGGAGCGUCACUCAUCCAGGCGCGAAUCAAGAAGAGGAACUGCAAUCGAAGGGCAAAGUCACAUGACAUUGAAAUGGUCGUCCAGUUGGUGGGGAUCAUGAUGGCUUCGUGUAUUUGCUGGAGUCCUCUCCUGGUAUAUGUGUCCAUCACCCGCAUCCAGAACUGCAAGGAGUAUGCUUGGUUAAGCUUACUUGGGGUGAGGAUGGCUUCCUGGAACCAGAUCUUGGAUCCCUGGGUCUACAUCCUGCUGCGCCGGGCAGUCCUGAGGAAAAUCUACCAGACCGUCUUAAGAAAGACGGAUAUCAACAAGAGCAAGUUCGACCGGUGGGAGAUCAGCUCCUUCCAGAGCUCUGAUCGAAGUGUGGUCAAGAAGUUUUGAAGGGAAACUGUGCUUGACCUUCGGAAGAGGUUGCUGUACAAGGUGGCCACCUGGAUGUGAUUCAGUUUGGGUACGGUUCGGUGGGAGCACUCAGGAAGGCCGUCGAGGAAAUAGCGCACAGCGGGAGCUGGGAUUUGGCACUGGGGGAGAUGCGCAGGAAAGGAUGACAUUGAUGUCACUUCCUGCAGAUGAGGUUUGGUCUCGCCCCAGGACAGAACCAAUCGGGAGCUGAGUGACACCGGAGAGUGCUGCGGACGUGACAAUUGGGUUUAAGAGGUAAUUGGGUGGAAAGAGUCAGGGUGAAACCAUCCCAUUGCGGACUAACACAUCACGCCAGACUGACCCACCACUUAAGGAGACCUCUCUCCCUCUGGCCCCCAGGUUGCGACCACAGAGAAAGACUGAUCUUUGCGUGAACAGAGAUGUUGGAGGUGGGAUGUCGAAGUGUGGUUCAUGUUUCAGCAUAAAUUUUAUUCAAGAAGCAAAAUAUUAUCCUGCUGUUCGACAAUGCAAUUCCAAUCACAUAUACCAUAAGUGAGUCAGUGGACACCCUCUCCAGAACAUGGCCUUGGAAGAGAGGCAGGCGGUCCAUCACACUCUGGGUGGGCCACAGCCUGGGGCCAUUAGUAGUCACCUCACCCUAGCCCAGGAGCAGUGCAACUUGAAGGACUCCUGAUCUGCCCUUGUCCUCUCCCUGCGAUGCCAAAGCAAUGGGACAAGGAAGGCCGGCAGAUGUUGAGGAACAGCCCCAUGGGCGAAUGGAAGGAGUUCUAGGGUGAUUGCUGGUUAGUGAUGGGGGGAGAUAUCACAUGGCUUCCACCUUGUCUGAUCUUGCACGCUGAGGUUAACUGGCUGAGACUCCAGUCUCGGGCCUGGUCAUACUCACGGCCUGGCUCGGUGACGCUGGGUUCCAACUAUUUCAGAACGUGAGAAAGAGAGGCUGUUUUUCCCCUUAAUCCCCCAACACCUUUCCGUAAAGAUCAUAGCCAAUCCUUUGCCUCAUCCGUCCCAUCCCCUGGCCCGAUUGUCUCAAUGGCCAAACACCUAUCAGCGUUAAUAUACGAGUGUCCAAAGCCCUCUGGAGAAGGAAAUUCCACAACACUCUGAGUGAAGAAGUCUCUCCCCAUCCAGUUUUUCCUGAGACUGUAUCCUCUGUUUCUAGUCUCUCCAUCCAUGGGAAAAAACCUCUUGGCAUCUCCUUGUCAAUCCCUCUUGGAAGUUCCGAACCCUAACCUCUCAUUCAUCUAAACUUCAGAGAGCACGGGCCAUUCCACUCAACCUCUCCUCAGCCCAUCCCUGAAUUCCAUCUGCUAGAAAGCUUUCCUGGUGGGAAUUAACUUCUUAGGAGAAGGGAAGGCUUAUCGGGCUUCCUUGGAAAUAAUCUUCUGGUGACUGGUUUGUUGCUGGUGAGUCCACAGCUGUGUCAGGAUCUAGUGCUGAGGAACAGAAAACUGAGAUGCAGAAAGUUGUCCUCAGCCACGUGUCCAAACAUAUUACGUAGUAACAUGGUACAGUGCACUCGCUUUGUAAGUGAAGUCACUAAUAAACCCAACAGGAUAUUCAGAAGAACCUCCUCUCUCCCAGAGAGUGGUGAACAUUGGGCCUCCACAGGAAUGGUUGAGCCAAAGAUCCGGGGAAGCUAGAUUACAUGCAAGAGAGGAAGUUUAUGUUGUUAGGCUCGGAUGGGAGGAAGCUGAUGUUGAGCACAAACACAAGCACAGGCAGGAUGGGCCAAAUGGCCUACUUCUGUGGCUGUUAACUGAAACUCAGACAGGGGUUCUCUUGCUAUAAAAAGAAAGAGGCGGGGUAAUGUUCACAUUGGGAUGUAUCCCAGAACCACAACAUCAUUGCCUUUGUUUGUCAGUGAGAUGCCCUUUGUGCAUCUCUUGAUUUGUUGGUGACCUUCAGGUUGUGUUGAAACCAAAUGUCCUCCACCUUCCACUUUGGACGUUUGUUUUCACUCAUUUUUUGGGGUUUGGGUGUGUCUGGCUGGCACUGAUCGCCCAUCCCGAGUUGCCCUUGAGGAAGUGGCACUGAGCUGGCUUCCUGAACGGAUGAUAUGCUUCCACUUUGGCGGUUCCAGGAUGAAGUCCAGUCCCGCUGAAGUGAUGUUUCCAAGUCAGGGGAGGCGCAUGAACUGGGGGGAGCGGUGCCCCCCAUGCCUCUGUUGCCUUUGCCCUUCUUGGUGGUCGACGUCACAGGUUUGGGAGGUGCUGUCAGUGUUGCCUGGGGGUGGUUCAGCUGCAGCUAGAGCGAUACUAUGAAUGAGUACAUUGUGCUGUGUUGAGAGACCUUCCCAGUUUGAUACUGGCAUGGGAAGGGUUAAGUCCUUAAAGAAACAUUUAAGACCAGUGGUCACAGCAUGAACCUGGGCUCACUUUAUGUCAGAGAGUUAUAGAACAUAGAAAAGUACAGCACAGGAACAGGCCCUUUGGCCUACAAUGUCUGUGCCGACCAUGAUACCAAAUGAAACUAAUCUUAUCUGCCUGCAAAGGAUCCAUAUCCCUCCAUUCCCUACAUAUUCACGUGUCUAUCUAAAAACCUCUUAUACACCACUAUCAUAUCUGUUUCCACUACUACCCCUAGCAGCCUAUUCCAGGCACCCACCACUCUGUGUAAAAAAACUUACCCCACAUAUCUCCCUUAAACUCUCCCCCCUCACCUUAAAUGUAUGUCCUCAGUACUUGAGAUAUUCACCCUGGGUAAAAGAUUCUGGCUGUCUACCCUAUCUGUGCCUCUCAUAAUUUUAUAAACUUCUAUCAGGUCUCCCCUCAGCCUCCAACACUUCAGAGAAAACAACCCAAGUUUGCCCAACCUCUGCUUAUAGCUCAUACUCUCUAAUCCAGGCAGCAUCCUGGUGAACCUCUCCUGUACCCACCCUUCCAUGAUGGUUGUGGGACUUGAGCUGACGGAGAGGUUGAGAUGGUAAGCAAAGAACCCGCCUACUCUCUCGGGGAAUGCACCAGAUCCCAUGGGAACACUUUGAAGAAGAGCAUGGGAGAUCUCGCUGGCAUCAACCAAUAUCUUCCAGAUGUAGACUGUCCAUGAUUACCACACUGCUGUUUGCGGAAAGCUUGCUAGGCACUUAUUGUUACAUCAGCAGCUGCACUUUGCUGUUGCAAAACUCUCUGUAAGGCAACUUCCAUCCUUUUACUAAAGUAGACAUGUUCCCUGCAGAGGGCCAGAUACAAAAAAAACUUCAAAAGAGCACUGUUUACUACAAAAUUCCAAAUACGUGAAGAGUCAACACGGUGACGCAUCACGUGAAGGGGACACGUCUUCAACUGUGACAGUUGUUGACAAUGAACUCCUUAAAUCAUUGCACUUUAUUUCACAAGAGUAGCACUUAGAAUGAAAUAUCUAUAUUUGCUACUAUCUCAGUACUGUUUAUCUGUGUUGAGUUGUCCAGGAAUGCAAAUAAUAACUUCAGCUGAAAGAAUUUAAAGAAGUAUCUAUGAAAAAUGAAUAUAUUUAAGAAUUAUUAUAAAUGUUUUUUAAAGAAAUAUAUUGUGCCAUGUAUUUUUGUAUUGUGGGCUGUUUAGUCAAUGCUUCAAUGUGAUUAAAUAAAAAUAGACUUUCAUCAGCA